AUGGCGUCCACGCUGCUGGAGCAGGCGCGCGCGAUGCACGAGGAGAACGAGCGGCUGGAGCGGCAGGCGGUGAAGGAGCUGCAGCAGAGCCUGUCGUCGCAUCGCGAGAAGCUGUUUCAGAGCCAUCGCAUCAAGAACGUCGUCGAUGCCAUCGUCGCCAACAGCGCGCGCCUGGCGGAGAUCUACGCGGACGCGGACGGGGCGAGGAGGGACGAGAUAGCGGCGCUGGGCGGGCAGGACACGCCCAACCCCAGCGCCACCGUCUUCACCUCCUUCUACGAGCGCCUCAAUGAGAUCCGGGAGUACCACAGGCGGCAUGCGGGGGCGAGGGUGGUGGAGGGCGAGGCGGACGUGGACGAGCUCAUCAAGGAUGAGCCCUGGGUGCAGUUCAGCGGGGAGGAGGCGAUGGGCAAGCACGUGGACAUGCACGCGUGGCACCAGCAGCUGUGCAACGCCAGGUUCGGGCGCGCCAUGGACUACCCCACGUUCCUGGACCAGCUGCCGCAGACACACAAGAUCCCCCGCAACUUCAAAUUCACCAAGGCGUACCGCACAUACGUGGGCGGCGUGGCGGAGUACCUCGAGUCCUUCUUCCGCCGCACGCAGCCGCUGCAGGACCUCGCAAAGCAUUACAGCAAGGGCGAGGAGGAGGGGGGCGAGGGCGGAGAGGGGUACGGCAUGAAGCAGGGUGUGGUGGACCUAUCGGCGUUCGACACGGUGGACGAGCUGCUGGACGAGGACCUCGUGCCGCCCGCCAAGGUCAAGGAGGCGCUCGGUGCGCUGGGGCUCAAGACGGGGGGCACACCGCGCGAGCGCGCAGAGAGACUGCUCAUGGCCAAGACGACGCGCUUUGAGGCCAUCGACCCGAAGCACUUCGCCAAGGCGUUCGCCCCGCCCAAGAAGAAGGGCGCCAAGGCCAGCAAGGGCAGCGCGGGUGCUGCUGCAGACAGCACCAAUGGCGGCAGUGGCAACGGCAGUGGCGGCGGUGGCAGUGUGGCUCGUGAGGUGGCUCUGGUGGAGGCAAAGGUGCAGCGGCUGUGCGAGCUGCUGGAGGAGGUGAGGGGAGGGGGAGGGGGUUUGGGUGGCGGUGUGGGGUGUGAUGCUGGUUGGUACGGAAGGUGUCUCUUGCUGAUCACUUAUGCCGUGCUCACGCUCGUUCUGUGUAAUUGGCCCACUCCCAACACUGCUCUUUGGAAACCACCUUCAACCCCCCUCCCCUCUCCCGGCACGUGUGUUGUUGUGUGUGGCAUGACCUGCAUGUGCAUGCACGCACCAUCACCACCAUGCGCGCUCCUUGCAAUGCUACACAUGGCAUGGCAGCCCAUCGCAGAGACGCGCGUGCACGUGGAGAAGAAGGCCGGGCUCACAUAUGAGGAGAUGGCUGCCGAGCGAGAGGAGGUCCGUGAUUGGGAGGAGGUGGUGGAGGAGGAGGAGGAGAGCGAGGAGGAGGAGGAGGAGAUCUACAACCCGCUGAAGCUGCCCAUGGGGUGGGACGGCAAGCCCAUCCCCUACUGGCUCUACAAGCUGCAUGGGCUCAACCAGGAGUUCAAGUGUGAGAUCUGCGGCAACUACAGCUACUGGGGGCGGCGCGCGUUCGAGCGGCACUUCCGGGAGUUCCGGCAUCAACACGGCAUGCGCUGCCUCGGCGUGCCCAACACCAAGGCCUUCCAUGAAGUCACCGUCAUCAAGGACGCGCUAGCCCUAUGGGAGCGCAUGCGGGAGAAGCAGGGCGGCAGCAAGUGGCGGCCGGAGGUGGAGGAGGAGUGUGAGGAUCGCGAGGGCAACGUGUACGACCGCAAGACCUUCCAGGACCUGCGCCGCCAAGGCAUCAUCUAG